AUGGCAGAGUACACGACUAUCCAGUCGAAGCCGCGUGGACUUGCCACGGUAGAGCUGAGUAAUCUUGGAGCAACGCUCGUUAGCUAUACUGUACAUGCUCCACAGGUCAAUGUCGUUUGUGGCUUCAAGAACCCCGAGCACUAUAGAGAUGCGUCCAACCCAUACUUUGGCACAACGGUCGGCCGCGUAGCUAAUCGUAUCCAGGGCGGUCUGCUAGCCUUGAAUGGCAAAGAGUACAAGAUCCCUGCGAAUGAACGCGGUAAUGUCUUGCACGGCGGCGCAGAGUCGUACCACCUCAAGCUGUUUGAUGCUGCUGUGUCUACGGACGGCGAUGCUCAAGUGGUGACCUAUACGCUGCUGGAUACACACAAAGAGACGAGCUUCCCAGGGACAGUCCAAGUCACGGCAAAAUAUACACUUCACGAGACUGGCGAGAACAGUAUCGCGCUUGACGUCGAGUACAGCGCCGUGCUCGUUGGGGAUGCAGAUGAGACGCUCAUCAACUUGACAAACCAUUCCUACUUUAAUGUUACAGGCAAUCCGUCUAUUGAUGGAAUGCAGGUCAAGCUGGCUACGGACAAGUACAUGGCGGUGGACGACGAGCUGAUUCCGACAGGUGAAAUCCAAUCGCAUCCACUAUUUGCAGAUGCGCAAGACAAGGCUGUGACGCUAGGCGCAGAGUCAGGCAUAGGUGGGUCGAGUGAUCAUUGCUUUGUGCUCGACUCCAACAACAGUCUGCCAGAUACACGCAGAGGCGAGCUUGCUCUGUUUGCAACGCUCUCGAGUGACAAGACUGGAGUCACGCUGACUGCGUCGACCACCGAGCCGUCCUUCCAAUUCUACACGGGAGACGGCACAAAUGUCCAAUUGGCAGGUGAGCCUCGCACCUUUGGCAAUCGCUCUGGUGUAUGCCUGGAAGCUGCUCGGUACGUCGAUGCAGCACGCUUCCCAGCGUGGGCAUCACAAACGCGAGUCCAGCGCGGCCAGACCUGGGGCAGCUUGACACGGUAUGCCGUUUCCUACUCCAAGUGA